GCACACUGGAGAACUUGGAGGAACUGUACCUGAACGACAACCCCAAUCUGCACAGCCUCCCGUUUGAGCUGGCCCUCUGCAGCAAGCUGUCCAUCAUGAGCAUUGAGAACUGUCCCCUCACCCACCUGCCACCCCAGAUUGUCGCUGGAGGCCCCUCUUUCAUCAUCCAGUUCCUCAAGAUGCAGGGACCGUACCGUGCCAUGGUCUGAGCCAAGAUCAGCUCAGUGCCAUCUCCAAACCCUCUGCUUACUCUGUGCCCUUUUGCCUGCCUGCCUGCCUGCCUGCCUGCCCGCCCCAGGACGUGUAUCGUACACUAAAGACUACGGUCAGUGUGGGUAAAACAUAAAGGGGGAGGUUGACGAGAAUACAGUUUUGUUUUCUAUCCUCGGGCAGAAAGGAGGCAUAUCUUUGGAUAUUUUCUGUGUUGCUCCAGAGUUUAUCCUGGUCAUGUCUGACCCCAGCCACCAAGCCCCACUCAUCUUUCAUUCCGAAUCAUAAAUGAGGAAACUCUUUCCACCUGUUUGCCAAAACUGAGGAUAUGUAAAGUUAUAUAUACUGAGCAACUGAGCUGCGAGGCAAGGCCUUCAACUUUAGAAAUCAUGCUCAUUUGCCAAUGUAUAUACAGUAAUUACAGCAUCUAUUAUGUGAGCAAGGAUACAACUGUAUGCAAAAACAAACAAAAAAAUGUCUUUUGGGACUUUAUAUUUACUGCUGCUGCUGUAAUUUUAAACUCUGUCAUCUUAUGUUUUCUUUUGAUACUCUGGUUCUUUUUUUUUAUCAUAAUCUUCCCUGUUCAUGUCGUUUCUUGGUCAUAGAGAACAAAGGUCUGUUUCUGUUUUUUUAAAUUUUUUUUAACUGUGCCUAUGUUUAGAGUGACCCGAUGGUUCAUUUCUAAACACUUCACCACAAAAACACAAAGACAUAAGUUAUUUCAAGUGUUUUUUUAAUUGCUACUGUUAUAAAUUUUUUAAAUGUAUCUUUUGCAUUAAUCUGUUGUGCAAGUGAUAUCAGUUGUAAGAUAUGAAGAUUCUUUUUAACAACUAGCAGCAGUAGUUUGUCAUUAAGCUAGUCAUGUAUACAUAUGAUAAAUGCCAAUCGUACAUGCUUGGGAGGAUUUUUAUUUUUAUUUUUCUGAAAGAGUGAUGAUGUGGUUCCUUCUGGGUAUUGAUUGUGGGAAUGUCCAACGAUAGCUGUUUUAAACAUGUAUCUAAUUUCUGGUUGUUGCCUUCGGUGCAAUUUCUUUUAGUUUUGUUUACUCUUUUGGUGUCCUCGCCAGUGUUGGACUUCACAGCCAUCAUGUAGUUGAUCAUUGACCAACAUAUCAAGCAUUUUUAAAGACAUUUUAUGAGUCUGGAGCAAAUGGAGUGUAUUCAAGCUUCAAAUGGUUUGAAAAUAAAACAUUGACCGGUAACUCCUCCAUGAUACUUUAUUUUGAAAUUCUUCUAAUUUCUCGAGCGUCUCCAAAACUCCCUUGAUUAUUGUGGAUUUGUGAUUUAUUUAAAUAUAUUUUUGUGCCACACUGUCCCAACAAUGCUGCUGCUUUUAUGCACUUUUUUUUUUCCUAUUGGCAUCCUUUUUUUAUCGAGGCAGACCCAUAAAGUCUCUAUAAUUUUUAUUGGGGGGCAUUUUGUUUCACAAGUUUUGUUAAACGUUUUAUCAUGUAAAUUUGUAUCAAUUAAAUAUAAAUAUUGAUUUUGGAAGUCUCUAGUAAUUUUGGUGACAAUAUUAAAAGAGAUCACUGUCUUGAACUGUAAAAGUGGCUAUAAAACGUUUGAAAUUUUCCA